AUUUAUUUUGCAGCUGUAGUGUGUGACUGUGACUUGGUGGUAAAGGUGUUAAGUAUUUUUGGUUAUGUUAUAAAAAGAUUGGCCUAAAGUGAUGAAUAUAGAGAGUAUCAACAGAAGCACAAAAUGGAGAAAGUUGAAGUCGACCUGAAACUUUUUGUAACUUGUCGUUUGUGCUUAGAAGAUAAGGGAAUUUAUCAAAUAAUUCCUAACAUCCAACAUCAGAUUAAGUAUUCCUACGGUAUCGACGUUGCUCCGUUUGAUGGCCUACCUCAGCUGAUAUGUAAAAAAUGUGAAUCAAAAUUGACUGAAUAUUUUACAGUCAAGACGGCUUAUGUGGCGAAACAACAACUUCUGAUCAACAGUGUACAAAAUAAAAAUGUAAAAUCUGAUGUUUUGCAUAAAAUUGCGGCAUCGGCUACAUUUCAAUCCCAAGCGGUUUCAGCAGAGAAACAAGCUGAUACUGUGCCGGUCGAAAACGUAGACUCAAGAACAACGAAUGAAUGGGAAGAAGAAAAACCAAGGACUUCCAAAUCGUCAGCAAAGACAAAAAGAAUUGACUCUACAUCUUCUGCUCCAUCAGAAAGGGAUAACAGUGAUGGGGCAAAAGUAAAACCUUUAAUAAUUAAGAAGAAAAAGUACGAUAAUAAACGUCAAUGGAAUUAUAAUGAUUACAAUAUAUAUUUUUCUUGUAGAAUUUGCAACAAGUCAUAUGUAAAAAGAAAUUUUUUAUUGAAACAUUAUUCAAAUAUUCACUCUGAACAAUUUAAGAAAUAUAAAUCUAUUUUGAAUUCAUUGUGCUCUGUUAGAAUGGAAAAAUUUGAUAAAAAACCUAAUUUUACUGGUGUAAACAAUACUGUUGUUUUAAGUAAAGAAAAGGUAAUAACGCAUGAAAGAAAUAGUAAAUAUUAUAUAUUGUAUACUUUAAAGGGUAAAAAUGUAAUCUCAAAUGGUAUCCAGGCAAAAUCUGACAUAAAUGGAUUAUCUGACUCUUCAGAUGAUGCAGAAUAUUCCGUAUCAAGGAAGAAAACUAAGAAAAGACGCCGUUUACUUUCUAGCGAUACAGUAGUUAUAGAAAAAAAAGAUGAUAAUGAAAAAAGUACGUCCUCUGAUGAUGAAGAUCACUUAAACUCCCGGUCACACAAGGGCAAGAAAGAUGAAGUUAUUACUGAAUGCAUUAACUUAGAUUCGGAGUCUGAAGCUGAAACUAUUUCGGCGAAUAAUGUAACUGAUAACUUUUUUUACGAGGAAAAUGAAAAUAAAUUGAUCCGUAAUGUAAUAGAUGUUUGCCACGGUAAAUAUAUUAGACAUAUGACAUUGGAAAAAAACAAAAGGCCAAACUAUGCUAAUAUUGAAUCUCAACUCAUGCAUAAAGUAUUAAAUUUGGGACGAAAGAUAAUCAACAGACAAGGUUUAAAUUGUACAGGUUUGCUAAGAUUUUUAGAAUAUAGAAAUCUGGAAGUAAUAUGGUCACCAAAAACGUGUCAUUCUUUAAGUGGUCCUCCUCUUAGAAUAAGUAUGACUACUUUGAGAUCGGAUCAUCAGAAACCCGAAGACAAUGAUUUAGGGUGGACGGAUGUUCCCGUAACUCAUAACAUUUUAAGUGAUGAAAAAUCGAUAUCAUCUAACGAACCAAUCAGAGAUCUGGGAAACAUUUUACAAUUUAGCAAUGAUCGGGAUGACAUUGUGUCAAGAAAAAAUAAUUCCAAUGACAAUGGUACUCAUCUAGGAACAUAUAAUAUUAAAGCUUCACACGAUACCUUGGGUAUUAUUUCCCAUGACCAAACUGCUUCUCGGCAUACACUUUCUGAUCAAGCUUGUCUCUACAAGUAUGAAGAUACAAGUUCAAGUGGUAAACUUCUCAAUAAAAAUCCAGUGGCAAAUCCAAAACAACUGCCUAAAAAAGUGAUUAACUAUGAAAUCAAAUCAAAUAAAAGUGUUUCAGACAGUGAUUUGACAAAACAACUUUUAACUGAAAUGAAGGAUAAUGAAUCUUUGCUGUUCACUGACCUAAAUAAUGCUGAAGCCGAUAACGAUUUAACUGGUAUGCCAAUAAUUACUUCUACGACAUCAUUAGCUUUAGACUAUAAUCAAUUUGCGAAUGAAGGCUUAGGUAGCUCUAUAUUCUUGAAUGAUGAAGCCACUAAUUUAAAUAAGAAACCUUCUUCAUCUAUACCAAGAAUAAAAGUUAAACCUGUAUCAGAAUUAAUGCCUGAGAAUGCAUCAAUACCAAAUAGUCUACUACUAAAUCAAAAUAAUAUAAACAAUUUUGAAGAACGUUUGCCGAAUAUGGUUAAUAUUAUUCCACAUAUGGCAUAUCAAAAUUCUCAGAAUGUAGCAAUAAUUCCAACUCCUGAUCCAGUUGUAAACAACACGUUACCAGAACAGAAAAAUAAUUCUGAGAGCAUUAUACUACAUACUGUUGAAUUACCAAACACCAAGACUGAUUCCCCGUUUAAAUAUGUGAAAACUUUAUUGGGUAUUCAUAACAUACAUUUAUUAGGUAUUCCUAACAUUCAUUUGUUGGAAUACAUGGGCAAAAAUGAAUUUCACUGUCUGAUAAAAUUUAAGGUACUAUUUAAGCAAGAAGCUGUAAAACCUAUUAUUUUGUGCUUGUCAUUACAUUGUAAUACAAACAGAUUUUAUAUAGGUAUUAAAGAUAGUAACGAUAUAGAAAUAGAUAUGCAAAAAAUUUCUGCCAACUGGCAGUGGGAGAUAAUAAAAAUAUUUCAAGGUGAUGUAGGUAACAAAAUUCAUCAAAGUGCAUUUAGAAUGGGCCCAGAGGUACACAACAACACUACAAAAUUUAUAUUUCUUAUCAAAUGUAUUCAAAUGAAAAAAAUAGAUUAAAAGCUCAGGUUGCACAGUGUAAAGAAAACUAUCACAAAUGUCUGUUAACUUGUCUUUUUGGUAGAUAAUACUUACUGAUUGUCUACAAAGACUUAAGAAUUUAGGUAUAUUAUUUGUAAAUUUAUGCUCAUCAAACUGUGACAUCAAAUCUCUUUGUAAUCAAGGCUAAUAAAUUUAGGAUUCUUUUUAGAGUACCUAUUUUCUUAAAAAAUAUUCAUUCUUUGGGCUAGCAACCUGUCAUCAUCCAGUUGAACGUGGUCUUUCAGUCUUUUGAAACUGUUCGCCUUGUCUACCGCGUACGGUAGAAUAACGUAAUAUAUGUAUGUAAGUAUUUAAAUAUCUUUAACAAUAAAGAGAUAAUGCAAGUACAACGCUAUCAAUUUCUGGAUACAAGUGUAUGGAGUAGGUAUACGAAAACAAUUUACAAGUAUAUAUCAAUUAAUCGUACUUUUUAUUGUUUGAAAUAUGUGUAAAUAUUUUUUUACCUCUUGUUAACUUGUACUGUGGCUGGCAAAUUGUGAAGAACUUUGAAUGUAGCGUUUUAUUUGUAUAACUUUAAUAUAAUUAUAGAUAGGGUGCAGCCCGGUAAUGAGCCUUUGUUACAUUUUAUUAUCAUGUUAAGAGAUUAAGUUUUUAAUGUAUGUCCGAAAAAAAUAUACUUGGAUAAAACCCUAUGUAUGGUAUUUUUAGUAUUGACUAAAAUUGUUAACUUUUCAGUUAUUAUAGGAAUAUUGUCUAUUUAAAUAUAGUAUGUUUCAGAAACACAA